CACUGCCUCACAUCGCAUCCCUGUGAAAAAAAUGGAUAAGCACAGACUGGGAGUCCGGACUGAUCCGGCAACAUCAAAAUUAAAGCAACUUGAUGGAGAAAACUAGAGGAGUCCCUUUAAGAUGACACGCACAGACCCGCCUGACAUACUGGUAUCAACUGUGCAUCGAAAUAUAAAAGUGGUCCCAAUUUCUUCACACUACAAGUCGUUGCAACCCUCCAAACAAUGUGAUUAUAUAAAUUACAGCACAGUGGAUGACAGUAAGAGCAAAGUCAAUAAGAGGCACUGCCGUACCUUUGACUAUAAGUCAUUGGAGUACCCCAAAUCACACAAAUACUCAAUGGAGUCUCCAUACAGGAAGGCUGAUAGGCAUGCAGCCAAUCCAGAUGUUGCCUGGAAUGCCUUGGGCCGACAACAGAGAUACCGCUUUUCUGCUCCAGACAUUUUCAGCCAUAGGUUAACUCCUCAACCAAUGGCUGCAGAAAUGGCCAGUGAGGUAGUUGUCCCUGAACAAAAAAGAAGGACCAGGUCAAAAAGUGCCCCUCGGGUCCAGACCAGUCUCACUCCUGUGUCUUUUGAAGGAUCUUCAUCUUCGGGAAGAAAGGGCAGGGAGUCCCAAAGGGCUCCAAAAGACUCUCACUGGAGACCAGAAGUAUCACCGCGUAGGGAGUCUUCCUAUGCAGCCACUAGGGCUCAUAUGCAUGAAGUCCAUCCCAUUAAGUUGCAGCCUCAAAUGAGUGACAACACAAAAUAUUCACCUAACUACGCUGCUGAUAAUUUUGAGGAUGGAGGGCUGGAUAAACCAGCAACUAGUCCUCAUGUCAGGUGUCGGGUGGACAUCAAACCCGAUAACGCUGCAUUACAUCAUUCGGGACGGAAACAGGCUACACCUCAAGUGGACAUACCCUGGCAGAGGCACCACAGUGGGGGGACUAGGAGUCUGACUGUGCCACGUCAUUUCUCCUACUCUAGAACACCAACUCCGACUGAUUCAUUAGGUACAGAGAGUAGGCAAGCUUAUCAAUAUUCCCGCAGCAUGCCAAAUAGUUAUUUACAACCAAUGGAGAUUCCCUUGCAAAGAAUGCCAUCAAGUGAUUACUAUGGUAGGGAACGAAGAGCUCAUUCCAGUCCUAAUGUGCCAACCAAGUUCUUUUAUGCAGAUGAUCCAGGGAGAUAUGUUACUACUGCUCCUCCUCAACCAAGUUCUUUCUUUCAUGAUGAACGUUAUACACCAGGACAAACAUAUACUCCAAAAGUGCAAUAUGUGCAAGAUCCAAGGACUCGAAUGGUGCAUGCUGUAGCUACAAGACCCUCUUAUUCCGAGAUGGAGACAUAUCCAUACUCUGUACAGGCAGGGUAUCCCAAACCAUAUGCAGCAAAUGAACCAGGGCCAUACAUUAUACAGACACCUCCAACAAGAAUAUGUUAUGGGGAUGAUCCAAGGUAUUAUCAAAUACAGACUGCUCCGCCAAGGUUUUAUUAUUCCAGCGACAUGUAUGCAAUGCCACCAGAGCAUCAUAUCCCAGCAAGGGCGUAUUACACAGAGGGUCGAAGACAUGCUAAAGUCAUUCAGGCACAAACAGAUGACUGGUAUGGCUCAGACGCAUCUGGUUAUUCCACCAAUCCUGCCUCAUAUGUAUCUCAAGUCACUCCAACCAGAGUUCGUCAAGAGCCUGUGUUUACACCCUGGUAUGCCAACCCAUGUGUAGAACUUCAAAGAAUUGGCACAGAUUCCAAAUCUUACUCAAGGUCCUGGGACAAUAUUCUUAACUCUCGUGUAGAGAAGGAACAACCUCUACCUGUACAGCGGGGUCAGAGCUAUGAUGAUCUUCUUGAGUCCAGGAAGCCUGCAGCAGCCACAGGUGACAAACCACAACCAGUGGUAGUCAAUCUCUCCAGCUCACCAAGACGCUAUGCAGCCUUAUCAAUGUCUGAUAACUCAUUAAUUGACAAAAGCCCAACAGAGACAUCAAAGAGCACUACUAGUAAACUCUGGUUUGUCACACCUGAGAUAACAAUCACUGAUAAUGACAUUCGACCAGGAAAACUUAAUAAGGCUGAAGGACGUUCUGCCAGUUGGGACAUUCUUGACACCAGAAGCACUGAGGGUCAAGAACUGUCUCAACAUGACUUUCGCAGCUCAACCAAAGAGAAGACACGUGACAACUCUUCAUUACAGCAAAGCCUUGAACAACUUGAUGAGCUUCUGGCAGAUCUUGUCACUGAUUACAAGCCACCCAGUAGAAGGGCAAGUGAGGACAUUCUGGAUCAACUAAAGAAGUUAAUUGAUGAGGAAGAAGCAGUAUCUCUGUCCAGAAAGAGCUCAAAGGCAGGUAUAGAGGAACCAGCUCCUCUUGACAAGCAGCCAACCUCAAUAAGAAUGAAUCCUGAUGCUUUUCGAGACAUGGACGGGGCCAGUGAUGCAAUGAAGAGUGCAGAUGAGUGCUCCCCAGAUCAGAGCCCAGAUGAGGAUGAUACAAUGAUGUGCUCUAACAACAAAUGCCGGAGGACAGAGACCCUGUUCAAUGCUUGCCUAUAUUUUAAAUCCUGCCACAGCUGCUACACCUACUACUGCUCCCGUAACUGUCGCAGGGAGGACUGGGACAUUCAUAAAGAAAGCUGCCUUUAUGGAAGAAUUGGCAGUACAUGCCGGCACAUCAUCAAACACUGCCGGGAGACUGUUGAAGUCCACAAAGCCUUCUCCCGUAUUGCCAAAGUUGGCUACCUUUCUCGAGGUAGAGGAGUUCUCUUCCUUGGUUUUCCAAACCCUGCAUCAUCCAGUAACUUCCUGCAGUAUGGCUUGGAUAGUCUACUUAUGUCUCCGACAUACCUGUCCCUCAGAGAGCUUGAAAGCUUCAAGGACAAUCUGGGGGAGUACUGUAAAGAGCUGCAGGAAGCUGGUAAAGAGUACGACCCAAACGAAUGUUUCAUCUUGAAUGUAUCCAUUGCUGUUGGUGAGCAAUUGCCUGAUGGGCCAUCACCAAGGAACCAAGCUCCAACUGUUAGAAAAUAUGCAAAGGUAGCACUCGCUUCCUUCAGCCCUGAGAGAAAGGUUCACAAGAAAGAGAGUGACAUGGAAACGCUGAUCCUCACACCACCCCCGGGAACAGCAGAUAUCGACAAAGAGGGAGAGGAAGGCAGGAAGGCCAGGGAAAUCUGUUUUAUUAAUAUACAACGGGAGUUAAGGAUUCGAGGGGUUUUCCUACGCCAUGAAUACCCACAGGUGUAUCAGCAGCUCUGUGAGUUUGUGGAAAGUAACAGAAGGUUCAUACCUACAACUAUUUAUCCUAUUGAUAAGAGGACCGGUAAACAGUUUAUGUGCAUGAUUAUGGCUGCCUCCGAGCCCAGGACGUUGGACUGGGUAGGCACCCCGCAUCUCCUUGAUGACAUUAUUUAA